CGGUCGGGUGUUUAUAUUUUGGAAGACUCACUUCGGAUCUGUCAGAAAAACUUAAAAAAGCGAUUAAAUAGAAAUUUUCUAUUAGUUUUUCACGUUCCAGUUGCCAAAGUUGUUUUACACAUCGGUAUCGUUAAAGGCGAACCUCGCAGCACCAACGAAAUGUCCAUUGAAAUCGAAUCCGCUGAUGUGAUCCGUUUGAUCCAGCAGUAUCUCAAAGAAUCGAACCUUCACAAAACGCUACAAACACUGCAGGAAGAAACCGGUGUAUCGCUAAACACGGUAGACAGCGUGGAAGGUUUCGUAUCCGAUAUACACAAUGGGCACUGGGAUACCGUUUUGAAAGCGAUCCAGUCGCUCAAGCUGCCGGAUAAAAAGUUGAUCGAUCUGUACGAACAAGUAGUGCUGGAACUGAUUGAGCUGCGUGAGCUAGGAGCUGCCCGAUCGCUGUUACGCCAAACCGACCCAAUGCUGAUGCUGAAACAACAGGAAGCUGAAAGAUACAUCCAUUUGGAGAACAUGUUGCAGCGAGCAUAUUUUGAUCCAAGAGAAGCAUAUCCGGAAGGUGGCAGCAAGGAGAAACGACGAGCUGCUAUUGCUACAGCGCUUGCCGGAGAAGUUUCGGUUGUCCCUUCAUCCAGGUUGCUUGCCCUGUUGGGACAGGCGCUUAAAUGGCAGCAACAUCAAGGUUUGCUUCCACCCGGAACUACAAUCGAUUUGUUCCGCGGUAAGGCUGCCAUCAGAGAUCAGGAGGAUGAAGUAUAUCCUACCCAGUUGGCACGUCAGAUCAAAUUCGGUCAGAAAAGUCACGUCGAAUGCGCUUUAUUUUCGCCGGACGGUCAGUACCUAAUUACCGGAAGCGUCGAUGGCUUUAUAGAAGUAUGGAAUUUUACGACCGGGAAAAUUCGAAAGGAUUUGAAGUAUCAAGCACAGGAUAAUUUCAUGAUGAUGGAGCAAGCGGUGUUGGCAAUGUCUUUCUCGAGAGAUUCAGAAAUGCUCGCUACCGGUUCCCAAGAUGGUCAAAUAAAGGUUUGGAAGUUGAUCACCGGUCAGUGUCUUCGGCGGUUCGAGAAAGCUCACACCAAAGGUGUGACCUGUCUGCAGUUUUCUCGUGAUAAUAGCCAAAUCCUAACGGCUUCGUUCGAUCACUUGAUUCGCCUUUAUGGACUGAAAUCGGGCAAAAUGUUGAAAGAGUUUCGCGGUCACACUUCUUUCGUAAACGAAGCUGUAUUUUCGCCAGAUGGACACAAUGUACUAAGUGCGUCAUCCGACGGUUCGGUCAAAAUUUGGUCUCUCAAAACGACGGAAUGUGUCUCCACCUUCAAAGCAUUAGGAAGCGAUCUGGCUGUCAAUUCCGUACUAAUGCUGCCAAAAAAUCCGGAGCAUUUCGUCGUUUGCAAUCGUUCCAACACCGUCGUCAUAAUGAACAUGCAGGGUCAAAUCGUGCGGUCUUUCUCAUCGGGUAAGCGUGAGGGAGGUUCAUUCAUCUGUGCUACCAUUUCUCCUCGGGGUGAGUAUAUCUACUGCGCCGGAGAGGAUUUGGUGCUGUACUGUUUCUCCGUGACAUCCGGUAAGCUGGAGCGAACGUUGAAUGUCCAUGAAAAAGACGUAAUUGGAUUGACGCACCAUCCGCAUCAGAAUCUGCUGGCGACGUACAGCGAAGAUGGGUUGCUAAAAAUGUGGAAACCCUAGAUCGAGAAGGCUGCACUAGGAUUAAGACUACUAUUACUGCUUGUAGGAAUGACAUUUUAUGGAAAACCAGUACAGUCGCGAACAAA